GCUGUGCGCUACGAGGUUAAACGAGCGGUGGCACUCGGCUUGCUACAGUGGUGGCCCGUACGGGGAGACGGCAGGAAGAGAGAGAGAGAGGAGGUCAGAAAUGGACCCAAACCGGAGCGAGACGGCGCAGCCUCUCGUAGCGCUGGCGCGGAUGCUGGAGGGGAUGGCCCAAAUGCAGGAGCGGCAGGCGGCCGUACACGCAGAGCAGAUGGAGGCUCUGCGUGCACAAGCCUCCCUCCAGACACAGGCGCUGCGACAGCUGGCUGCCGCCGGGAAAACCAGCUCCCAGGACCCGCCGUCCCGAUCCCCUCUCCGGACCAAAAUGAUCACCGACGAUGACAUCCAGGCAUUCGUGGAGAGUUUUGAGGUGGCAGCGGAGGCGUGCCAGUGGCCCCACGAGGAGUGGGUAGUACACCUCCUGCCCCUCUUAACUGGGGAAGCCCAACAGGCGGCGCAUGGACUGCCGCCCGGAGCCCGGGCGGAUUACAAGACUGUGAAGAGGGCGAUCCUGGACCGACUGGGCUGCAGCCCGGAGGAUUACCGGCGCCGGUUCCGGAUGGCAAACCUGGUGGCGGAUGACCGUCCCUUCGCAUACUCCCAAAGGCUAACCCACAUGGCCCGGCGUUGGCUGCAACCAGAGAUCCGGUCCGCCGGGGGCGUGGUGGAGCAGGUCAUACUGGAACAGUUCCUGGAAGGGUUGCCAGAGGAAACGGGCAAUUGGGUGCGCUGCCAUCGCCCGACCAACCUAGAGGGGGCGGUUACCCUGGCGGAGGACCACCUAGCGCUAUACCCCAGCUCCCAGCAGCAAGCACGGCCGGAACCGGCGCCCAGGAGGAGACCCCCUCCUCGUACUGGCCCCUCCUCUGUCCCCAGGGCUCUGCCCCCUCCCUUUCCUCAAACUAAUCCCCCCUUUUUUCCGAUUCCCUCUCCAGGUCCAGGCUCAGUGGCGGGGGGGGUCCGGCUCACAGAGGGCGCCUCAGACGCUCGGACCGGGGUGUUGGCGGUGCGGACAGCUGGGUCACCUGCGCCGCGAUUGUCCACUUAUGGAAGUGGGGCAGGUGGUCCGGGUGGUCGGGCCGCCCACUUCCGCUCCCGAUCAGGAGGGAGCGUACUGCAUCCCGACCGACGCAUCGGACAGAGGAGACAGAAGCGGGCGGACUGGAGACGGAAGAAGAGCUGA